CUUCACUUAUCUUCGUGUUCGUUAUUUAUAUCAUCUGCACUAAUCUCGUGUUCGUCAUUUAUAUUAUUUUUAGUUACCCCAGUGUUCGUCAUUUUCGUUUCUGUUCGCAGCGCAGAUAGAUCUAAGUUGACCAAAGUGAAGAUGGAAUCUUUUCCCUGUACCAGUUUACGGGGUCAAAAUAUGUGAUAGCUUCCAGACAUCACACGUCCAUUCCAGCAUAGCCUACUUGUGGUUCCAAGCUCCCGAACACAAGAUGGAAUUUGUGGUCGUCUGCUUCUGCCUGUUCCUUACCGGAAGUGUCUCGUCACUGUCUGCUUCCUCGUCUGCGACACACGAGACAAGCCAUGUCUCACCCUCGUCUGAUUUUGGGAAUAAAACCAUGCACGUGCUCAAUGCAGAUAAAAAAGAUGGAAUAGAGUCUAAACGUCAGAAAGGAACGAAACAAAAUUUAGGUAUGUUGAUAAGCGAUAAUAAAGUUACGCACCAUGAUAAAAGUGAUCACCAAAACCCCACAAAACUAUUGGCAGAGUUAUCACAAUAUAAAAACGACAGCUGUUGUAAAAUCUAUAAGGAAAAUGUCAUUAUUGCUGACUGUUGUUUUUGUGGCUUGGAUUACAUACCAUCGGAUUUACCCCCGGCCAUCGACCAUCUUCUGCUAGCCUACAACAAGUUGACCAGCCCAAACCUGACCCCAGGCGCCUUCUCCAUCUACCCCAAUCUUACCGUUCUACAGUUAGACACCAACUUUUUAACUUACUUACCAGACGACGUCUUCGAAGGCCUUGUCAAGCUUGAACAGCUUAAUAUAUUUAACAACAGUAUUUCACUGGACGCUCGCCUCAACUCAUCUAAUGUCUUCCUACCGCUUGCCGGCACGCUCAAAGUUUUAGUGAUGAACGGAAACAUCAAAACGAGUCCCGGUCUGAAUUCCGUCUACCCCGACUACGCGCUGUCCUUUUUAACGGAACUGACGUCACUGACGAUCGACGGCUUGAGAAACCCGGAGUUUAAACUCGGGUUCGGCAAACUUUCAAAGCUGAUGAACCUCACCAUGGUGGGCAUGGGAGACGGUUUCUGCGAUUUGCGAAGUUUGAGGAACUCCACGUUCCAACACCUGCCGCACCUGGUUCACCUGAACUUGACCCUGUGCAACCUCAACGGCUCACACGUCGAGUCGGGGGCCCUGGAAGGUUUGACCCAGUUAAAGCUGCUAGACAUAUCAAACAACCGUGACCUUGGUCUGGAGGCCGUCGGAAACCUCAUGUACGGUAUCCGGAACAAUAAAAAUUUCCGGUAUUUAAAAAUGCGAAAAAUAAACUCCCGUUUUGCCGCGUGCGCGGUGGUGACCAAUCAAACGGUCCGUUACUUGUCUAACACGAGCGUGGAGCUGAUUGAGUCCAUGGACAACGAGAUCGAGAUGGUCCAGCUUGGGGCGCUGAGGCUACUCCCACCCACCCUCACCACCCUCAACUUGACCAACAACAAGAUCAUGUUCGGCGCCUACUGGCAAGACAUGGGCUGUCUGAAGAGCUUACAAAACCUCCACCUUGACGGCUACCUUCACCCUGUAGACUUCCCAAACUUCUACCCGUCCGCCGUUCUUCAUUGCCGCGACACCGGCGACCUCUACGUCACAAGUGACGGCCCCGCAUGCGCAGACUUCACAUCCGGGGACGCGAAGAACAACAACUUCACCCUCAUCUUACCACCGGAACUACGCACCUUGACGAUGCACAGCAAUUCGGUAGCGUACGCGGUGACAGAAAUCAACAUCAGCCCCAACAACUCUCUAGUCCACGCAGACCUGAGCGGCAACACUUUCCGCGAGCUGAAAGGUCCAGUCACGGGGCUUGACAAGCUGCAGUCGUUGAACCUCUCCAGCUGUUUCGUGCAGAACAUCUCCGACACGUUUUUCAACACAUUCCCCCUGUUACAAGAACUCAUCCUCAGCGAGAAUGUUCUAGGGGACCGGCUGAACGACGACGCCUAUGGAUUUAUUUUUAGAAACCUAACCCGCGUUCAUUUCCUGAACUUGUCUUCCAACAGUAUUUACAGAUUGAAUUAUCCCGCCUUUUCCGAUCUUAACAACCUCCAAAUUUUAGAUCUAUCCAACAACCGCCUCAGUAAAGUCAACUUCAGCAUCGGCAACAUGUGGAACCUAAGUUUACUCGACUUGCACAAGAACCAUAUCAACACCUUGCCGCAAUUCAUCAUGGACCAUAUCUAUGAUCUUAUGAAAGCCAAGAUAAAUAUUUCCGUCGAUUUACGGGAAAAUCCGAUUUCGUGCGACUGCGAUAAUUUGGAUUUUCUCGAGUGGGUGGUUAAGAACAAAGUAUUCGGGUCGAACUACACGCAGUAUUACUGUAAGUAUGACGUGGCCAACAUGGACGCCGUAGAGAGGUUCUCGGGGUACGAUGAAGAAAUCAGAAAGCUCAAGUACAGGUGUGUGGCACACAUCGGACUGCUCUUCUCGGUGCUGGGCGGGACUAUACUAGUGCUAGCUGUCAUCAUGGGGCUCGUCGUCUAUCGGUUCAGAUGGACCCUCCGGUACUGGUACCACGCUGCCAAGAUGAAGUUCUAUUCAAACAAAAUUCUGGAGAACGACAAGUUUGAAUAUGAUGUCUUCAUCAGCUACGAAAAUGGCGACACGGAUUUCGUCUUGCAGGAGAUCCGAACCCAGCUGAGGGAUGAAAGAAACAUCCGUCUACUGAUUCACGGGGAGAAGUUCCAGGUGGGGAGGCAGAUAGCAGACAACAUUUACAUGGCAGUCCGUCAAUGUCGCAAGACGUUAGUGGUGGUCAGCAGGAAGAUGUUGAGUAGUCAUUGGUGUAUAUACGAGCUGCAGAUGGCCAGACUUGAAUCGGUCAAUACUGGACGGAACGUCUUAAUUUUUUUCUUCAUGGAAGAAAUCCCCAAGUCAGAGAUGAGCAUGGACGUGCUGUCCUACAUCAAGUCCAGCACCUACAUCGUGUACCCCAGAUAUCCGCAGCAUCGCAGGGCAUUCUGGGACAAGUUGGCAGACGACAUCCGGUCCAGGUGACCGACCUUGACCCGACGCGUAUACAGAUGUAGCAUAUCCACGUUAUCCAUCAGACCGUUUAGGUCCAUUGUGUAUCCAGUAUAUCCGUCGCACCGCUGUGCAUUAUGGGAAAAUUUUACAGACUACGUGAGGUCAAGGUGUGUGACCUAACGUAGCCUUUUCAUAAAGGUAGCCCGAUGCUGUACUGAAUUGUGGGACGGGCUACCAAACGACAUAACACCGUCCUAACCAUUUUCACCCCAUCGUUCAACACUAUUACAUAUGAUCUACCUCUUGGCAGUCCGCAGACAAAUUUGCCAAUGAUAACAGGUCAACAUGACCUAAGGAACAACGUUUUUAACUGACGCUGACAAUAUAGCAUGUCACGUUGACACUAACGCUAGUCAAGGCUGACAGCCAUAUGCCGGUGACCCUGCUAAAAAUAGCCCAAUGUGUUAGAGGCAGUGAUGCAGUUGUUAACGUAACACAUGUGUAUACAAGUAGGCUACACUGUUCGUUGUUUACAGUAAAAAAAAUGUUAUAAAUAGCACGUUCUGCCAUCGCCACACACUUAAUUGGAUUACUCCCCUUAACAAUGGUGGAGGUUUUGUGAACAAAAUAAUAUAGCAUUGGUGUAUCUGUAAAUUGUAGUUAAAUUGAUGUAUCAGUAAAUUGUAGUUUUAUAGCAUUGAUGUGUCUGUAAAUUUUAGUUUUAUAAUAUUGAUAUAUCUGUAAGUUGUAGAUUUAUAUAUUGACGUAUCUGUAAAUUGUAGUUUUAUAAAUUGAUAUAUCUGUAAAUUGUAGUUUUAUAAAUUGGUGUAUCUGUAAAUUUUGACAGUAAUGAUUUACCUGUAAAUUUUAGUUUUACAACAUUGAUGUAUCUGUAAAUUGCAGUUUUAUAACAUUAACUGUAAAUUGUAUACCGUUAAGUCAAUUUGAUGUAAAUGUUAUUUUGUAGGUCAGUUAUACAGUAACGUGUGUUUGUGAACAAUUAACUACACAUGUAAUAAUAGUAAUACUAGUGCCGUUAAAGUACGAAGCACAUCCUUAUAGACAAGGCUGACAAAUGUUGACCAUCAAGGGAGAUAAGUCAAACAAAACAUAGAAAACAAUGGACUCCUUUUAUCUCCCUUAUUUAUUAAGAACAAAAUAACACAGCAAAUUAAACCAAAAGCUUAGUCCAAAAAGAUAUAACUUAUUCCAUAUACUUGAAUUUAAGCAUGAGAUGUCGCUUACGUUAAAACUCGUAUGCUCAAUGAUGAAGUACUUAACCAAUCGAAUAGUUUACUCGAACAUUUUUCUCGAUAGCGGCUAUUCUAUUGCGCUCUAGGCGAAACACAUAUACAAAAGAUGCACAAUUUACAAAGUUAAAAAUGUCACUUAGAAAACCGAAACGAUGUUAAAAUUUUCCUAAAUGUAACAGAGUGAACCACAAGUUUAGAUUCAUGUGAUAACAAUCUCGGGAAUUUUAAACAGUACAGUAACAUGAAAAUUAAAAUUAAAAAGUUUGAUGUGUCGAAUAUAAUAAUUGUUUUUGCGACCUGAGAUUAAUUAGUAGAAUGUAAAAAUCCAUAUGACAAUAUAAAUCUAUCGAUUCCUAAUUAACAAGAGUACUCCAUCAAGCAAGAUUUACCCAAUUAAAACAAUUAAAAGAAUAAUUAUAAACUCGAGGAGCGGCAUGAGGUAAUUAUCCAAAACCAGCGGUGUAAUCUCUGACACCCAAUUGGAUGUUUAGCUAGUUAUAAUUAAAGUUUGUUUGCAUGUUUUUUUAUUUCUAGAGGGGCUUACGUGAAGCAAGUGAAACAUAUUCAAUGAAAUAAACAUGACAAUUAGAUCAGACUGGCUCCCAGGUUUAAGCAAACUUUCCUUGUGAGAUGGCAAUAGAUUUUUGUUAAUUGGA